AUGUCUACCAAAUCUCCCGUGCCACGAUAUUCAUGGAACGGUCCUGUCGACCACACAAUCCCGGUCGAUAAAUCCAAGAUCAAAGGCAAAUCUGUAAUCAUCACUGGAGGUGCCAAUGGCAUGGGCGAGGUGGCAGCUCGUCGAUUCAUUAUCGACGGCGCCUUCGUCACAGUCGGAGAUAUGGACGUAAAACGAGGCGAGGCUCUCGAAGCUGAGUUGAAAGGGAGACUGAAGUUCGUCAAAUGCAACAUCAAGUCUUGGGAAGAUCAAGUUGCUUUAUUCGAUGCGGCUACCGGUGAAGGCCGUGGGGUCGAUGUCGUUAUUGCGAAUGCUGGAAUCAGUCGGAGCAGCGACCCUAGCGGGCCUCCAACCAAGCCUGAUCUGAACAUCGUGGAGACGAAUGUCAACGGCACCUUCUACACCUUCAAGCUUGCCACACAUUAUUUCCGCAAACAACCAAUGGAUCGAGAUCGCAGCUUCAUGAUGACGGGUAGCUUGACCGCGUGGAUCGACUCGCCAGGUAACUGGGAGUACACCGCUUCGAAGUAUGCACUUCGCGGUUUGAUGAGAACGGUACGCUGCAGUAGUUGGGAGCAAGGCAUCCGGAUCAACUUCAUCGGCCCGAACUACAUCAAGAGUGCCAUCCGUACGCCGGAGUAUGAGAAGUAUCUCAUGGAUCUCGGUGUGAGGUUUGGCGAAGCUGAGGAUGUGGCGAGUUGUAUGGAGAGGCUGGCAGCGGAUCAGUCGAUAAAUGGCCACUCCUUGAUGAUUGUGCCACGCGCUGUGGCUAAGGAAGGCUACAUGGAUGUCCAAGAUGACGAUCAUGUCGAUGGAAAGCGUGAGUAUUUCGCAGGAGAGCAGGCAAUACAGCUCAACAUCAUCAAGGACCAGUGGCUGGACGGUGUUCCCACGCAGAUAUACAAGCGGUAG